AUGCCUUGCUAUCCAUCCAAAACGAGAUACAGAGAAAAAGUUGAAAUUUGUGGUCUAGAUCCAUAUACGUUAAAACCGUCCGAUUAUGUGGAGGAUUUAGCGCGAUUACCAGCGAUUGAAUAUCCAGAUAUAGUCAACUAUCUCGUCCUGCAAACCUCGUGGGCAACCAACGCUCAGAUGAAGGCUUAUAAAAGCCUAGAUGCUUACAACUUCUUCGUUUCUGGCUGGGUGGGCAGCCUUCUUACUAAAGAAGUUAAAGAAGACAGGAUUCUUGUCCAUGGUCGAUGGCCUUAUCUUGGUGCUUCGCCUGAUGGUAUUGUGAAUUGCGAUUGCCGUGGGAAAGGGUGCUGUGAGAUAAAAUGCCCAUUUUGUUUCAAAAAUGCAACAACAGAACAACUUGCUGGUGAAAAAAGUAGCUGCUUAACAGUGAUAGAUGUUAAAAUAUCACUGGACCAUAAACAUGCUUACUAUUAUCAAGUGCAGGCGCAGAUCUUCAUCACAGAAACUGAUUAUUGUGAUUUUGUUGUUUGGACUGAACAAGAUAUUCACAUAGAACGUGUCUUUCCAGAUGAGGCAUUCUGGGAUGAAGCUAGAGAAAAGGCUUCCAAGUUUUUUUUAGUUGGAAUAUUACCUGAAUUGUUGGGGAAGUGGUACUCUAGGCCUGCAAGAUUAAAUGUACCAGAAAUGGAUGACUCGGAUGGUGAAACUGGACCAUGGUGCUAUUGCAGGGAGGAUAUUGAAGGAAGCCUACUUAUUGGCUGUGAUAAUGAUGAAUGCAAGAUUCUCCAUCAACGUUACCUAGGCAACGGCAAUCGCAUUUUGUCGAAAUUCUUUUUUGCCAAGUAUCUCAAAAAGUUGAUGAGAUCCAGAAAAGCGGUAGACAUCAUUAUUAACUUCAAACUAUUGCAAAAAGUUUUGGAAUAG